ACACGCAUUAUUGCAUGAAUGCAUAUUGCUGGGUGGCGGGUGCACAAUAUAAAACACAAGCUAGGUAUAAAAUAAUUUUUAAAUGUUUAGAAAAUAAUAAUUACUUAUUGGCUUAUAGCAAUUAAAUUUUUAAUAAAAUUAGAAAAGGAGUUUGUUUUAUCUUAAAAGGUGCAUUUAAAAACUAUACAUCAUGUCUACCAGAUGGUAUCCACUUUAUCAAAGAGGCAAUCCUCAACUACGUAUUUUUUUGCCAAAUUUUUGGAUGAAAUUAGUGCGACCGGAAGAAAAACAACCAAAAAAUGUAGUUCAAUUUAUGGUACCCACUGGAAUGACAAAUUAUGAUAUAGAGAAUUAUUUAGAAAAAAUUUAUAAAAUUAAAGUUAUUAAAGUUGAAUCCAGUAUUGAAAAUGGUAAAAUGAAAAGAGCAAUUUUGAACAAAUACGGGCCUAUUGUAAAGGAAGAUGACUUCAGACGAGCAUUUGUUACAAUGCCUAGAGAUCAAGAAUUUGAAUUUCCUGAAGUAUGUACUUCAGAAGAAUUUAAAAAACGUGCCUCUGAGGAUGAAAAAUCAAGCCAAGCUAGCCAAGAUUUGUACAAAGACUAUUUGAAGAAACAAGGGAACCGUCCUGGAUUACCUGGCUGGUUUUCUUUUUAAGAAUCAUUCAUACAUUUGUAACCAUGUAAAUAAAUAGCAUACCUAUGUCUAUUCUGAAAUUAUUAGAAUUAGCAGUUUUAUUAAUAGUUUAAAAAAUGUGUAAUUUUAAUUCAUAGAAUAAAAUUAAUGUAUUCAGAUUAUUUUAUAUUAAAUAAUAUCAACAUUAA